AUGCAGGUGGAAGACGAAGAGAAAGAGCCCGCGGCAGGAGCAGAGUGCAUGGCGUGCCACCGAGAUACGCAGCGCGGUCAGCGACAAAUGGAGGAUUCUUCCGUGAACCGGGAUCCGGAGACCGCUUCCUCAGCCCCUGCCGUUUCUUCUUCUGCCUCUUCUUCAGUUGCUUCCUCGAGUUUUACAGGGGUCCCGACCACAACCUCAGACCGUCUCUGCCUCACCGCGCCGCCGACAGCGACAGAACUCAGCUUGCAAGCCUCACACGAAAACGCCGCGGCAUGGCCGCGUCUCUGUUUUUUCGUCCGGCAUGAAGUCGGCGACGAGAGCAACCAGCGCAUUUGCGCGAGAGAGGCAAACAGAGAGAGCGAAAGUGCGCCGUUCCGCCGUCAAAGUGGAGACAAGCAUGCAGGGAAGCCAUGGCACAGAAAACCGUCGAGGCGAGGUGGACGCGGGGAGCGGGGGUCACACACUCGAAACGAGGCGCACGCACAUACACCUAGACGCGGUGGGGAAGGCGCGGGAGACAAGGGGGCCGAUUCAGGCGUCUUUUUAGCUCGCGAGGGAGACAGCUCGAAAGAGUCUCUUGCCGCCUCUCCAGAAACACAUGCAGGAACGUGGCAGAAGGACGGCGAAGAAGCACGCCCCGGUGGUGACGGCGCAUGCGCGUCGGUCUCUUCUCCGGUUUCCGCUCGGACGUCUUCCAGCGGUUCGUCCUCGGUGCCGUGUGCUCCUUCUUCCUCGUCUCUCACUCACUCGCGUCGAGAUCUCCCUGUCAAAAGCGGCAGUGGUGAAUAUGAAGCACAGGCUAUCGCCAACCCGGCGUCGGGCCCUGGAUCGUCCCGCGGUCGCUUCUCUCUGGUGUAUCUCCACCCCCAUCCAGAUGGCGUCGUCGCGUCCCUUCCGCAACUCUGCGCCUCCGCCUGCAGCGCCUCCGCGGUCCUGCGAGCUCUGUGGCACGAGCAUCCUUCAGAGGCGAAGUCGGAGAGGAACCUCGAGAAGGCAAGGCUUGAGGCUAGAGACGCACGCGGCUACGUCGCGGCGAGGCGUGCCUCGAAAGCAGAAACCGCAGACUCGAGCCUUUCUUAUCCCUCUUUCAGAACGAGUGUCGACGAUGUUGAAGACGCGCUGAGGCGAAGCAUGGAGAACAUCGGCGCUGUUACCCGAGAAGCUUCCGCCGCCCUCGCAGGCCAGCCGGGCUACGUGGAGAAGCAGUACAUGCUCCCGCCUGUGGAUCUCGGCGCGGCGAAGAAGAAAGAGGAGACGCAGAUUUCUCUUGCUACUCGCUUUGUGGACAGCACGAGCGAGGGCAGACGCCCAGUCGCGGUCCCCCUCACGCUCACCGAGCACUACGCCUUCCGGCAGUUUAACGGGCUCGUCGUCGUCGGUUUAUCCGCCAGAGGUUUAUCUCCUGACUCAUGCACGUCCGGCGUUGAAGAACAGCAUUCAUCAACGUCGCUGCCUUCUUCCUCAGAGUCGGCGGCUCGCCCGCCGCUCUCUUCGUCUUCUUCUGAGCCUGCGUCGCGUCCUGGUCGCCCGGCGGGAAGGUGGUGGAGACGUGUGCACUUGGCUGUUCGCGACGGGGUGAGCCGAAACUGCGUCAGUGGGAAGAGGAAGAAAGGCGCUUUUUUUCUGCAGGCGGACACGCUCGUCGCCGUUCUGUCCUUCGAAGAGAGGAUUUCUUUCUCUGACAAACAGCCCAAGGCUGGGCAAGCGACGGCGCGCGGCGCGACUCCCGCACCUGGGAGCCGGGAGGGGGGGAACCGCGAGCGUCACGGCUCGCAGAGAGAUCGCGCGAAUGGAGAGCUGCAUGCAGCGAGUAUAAGUCCGGAAAGGUCAGACGGAGACAACCAAGCUGGUCAAGAGGGACAGGCGGAAACCGACGAAGCCGUUUCUGCAUCCUCGCUGGCCGCAGAUUCCGCUGCUGUCUCGGCGGCUGUCUCCUCGCCGCCGCUUGCCAAGGAAGAAGAAGCGGAGGCGGCAAGAGCGGGCGAAGAAUGCCAAGACGGAGAGCCUCAGAUAGAGCCGAAAAAGCGAGGCAAAGCUCGGAGACGCAAGAGGCCGCUCGCUGACAACGUGGUGCUGUGGGCGACGGAAAGUGGUGUAGAGAAGCGCGAGCGGGACGACGGCGAAGACCAAGACGAGUGGAAGAGAGCUCGAGAAGGCAUGCCAGAGGACGAAGGCGCAGAGGACGUCGAGACAGAUGAAGCGGGCCGACGAUGGCAGUGGUUAUCGCGGCGUGUUCCCAUCUACGCCUGCAUUCGAGGCAUGCUUCUCGAGUUCAACAGCGCCGUUGUCGAGCGUCCAGAGCUUCUCCUCUCUCAGUUUGUCUUCGAGUUGGCGUCUCGCGUCUUGUCUCGUGCUUUGGGCUCCUAG